AUGUCCAACCUUCGCCUGUCUGACUGUGUGAACUACGUGAAGAUUGUGCACCACUACAACCGAACCCACCUGUACGCCUGUGGAACCGGGGCUUUCCACCCAACCUGUGCCUUUGUGGAGGUGGGACACAGGAUGGAGGACCAUGUGUUUAGGAUCGACCCCUCUAAGGUUGAGGACGGGAAAGGGAAGAGUCCAUACGAUCCUCGGCAUAACGCUGCAUCUGUGCUAAUCGGUGAUGAGCUUUAUGCAGGUGUAGCCACAGACUUAAUGGGACGAGACUUCACCAUCUUCAGAAGUCUGGGCAAACGUCCCUCGAUUCGCACCGAACAGCACGACUCACGUUGGCUCAAUGAACCAAAGUUUGUCGGCUCCUUUUGGGUCCCUGAGAGUGAAAAUCCAGACGACGACAAGAUAUUUUUCUUCUUCCGGGAGACGGCGGUUGAAGCUCAAGGUUUGGGAAAGUCCACUUACUCGCGCAUUGGACAGUUAUGCAGGAAUGACAUGGGUGGACAGAGAAGCCUGGUGAACAAAUGGACAACAUUCCUCAAGACCCGUCUGAUCUGCUCAGUACCAGGAGCUGAUGGCAGUGACACGUACUUUGACGAGCUGCGGGACGUGUUCUUGCUGCAGACGAGGGACAAAAAGAACCCUCUGGUCUAUACUGUCUUCUCUACUUCCAGCAGCAGUGUGUUUAAAGGCUCAGCUGUGUGUCUUUACUCCAUGAAUGACAUCCGGAGGGCCUUCCUGGGGCCCUUUGCACACAAAGAGGGGCCUAACUACCAAUGGGUCCCUUUCCAGGGAAAAGUGCCCUAUCCCCGCCCAGGAAUGUGUCCCAGUAAGACAUUUGGGAGCUUUGAAUCCACAAAAGGUUUCCCAGAUGAUGUGAUCCAGUUUGCCCGUCACCACCCCCUGAUGUACAACCCGGUGUACCCCAUGAAUCGACGGCCUGUGUUCGUUAGGACCAACGUGGAGUACAGCUUCACACAGAUCGCCGUGGACAGAGUCAAUGCUGCUGAUGGGCAGUAUGAUGUCAUGUUCAUCGGAACAGACAAAGGGACAGUCCUAAAGGUGAUCAGUGUCCCCAAGGAGAGCUGGAACAACAUGGAAGAACUUUUACUGGAAGAGCUGGAGGUCUUCAAAGAUGCCUCAUCUGUUAUUAACAUGCAGAUCUCUUCCAAACGGCAACAGCUGUACGUCGGCUCGGACACGGGAAUCGCCCAAGUCCCUCUUCACCGGUGCAGUGUUUAUGGGAAGGCAUGCGCCGAGUGCUGCCUGGCUCGAGAUCCAUACUGCGCUUGGGACGGAACGUCCUGUACUCGUUACCUACCGAAUACAAAGAGACGUUUCCGUCGACAGGAUGUAAGGAACGGGGACCCCAACACCCUUUGCUCAGGAGACCACCACAAGCAUCGUGUUGCAGAGAGGAAGCUGUAUGGAGUUGAGGGAAGCAGCACUUUCUUGGAGUGUAUCCCCAAAUCCCUUCAGGCCAGAGUCACCUGGACUUAUCAGAAACAACCACAGAACCCGAGAGAGGAGGUACGUCUCGAUGAACGUAUCCUGCAGACAGACAGGGGCCUACUGAUUCGUCGGGUUCUCAAGAGAGAUGUCGGUGUCUACCAAUGCCACGCUAUGGAGCACGGAUUCACCCAGACAUUGCUGGGAAUCACUUUAGAAGUCGUACCAUCGACGUCUUCCUCCAUCUCCAAUCUUCCCUCCGACUCCCCUGUGCGAUUAGAUCCUCGCAGCGGAGGUGCUCCCUCACUGACCAAUCAAAAGCUUUGGUAUCGGGACUUCAUGCAGCUGGUGGACCACCCUAACCUCAGCACUGUUGACCAGAUUUGUGAGCAAGUUUGGGCACGAAAGCAUGCUGGUGCCGACCAGGUGUCAAAGAGUUUUGAGUCUCCGAGGAAGGAGAUCGUACCUUUGGGUCCUGCUGUCCGACCGGCCAAUAAGAAAUGGAAGCACCUCCAGGAGAUCCGAAAGGGGAGAAACCGCAGGACCCAUGAUGGGAAACCGAGCUCUCGGGCACCGCGCAGUGCUCGGGAGUGACGACGGCGAGAAACGGAUGAAAAAGAGUGAGAGGGAGAGUGAAAGAAAGUAACUGAGAGACCAGAUACUCAUGGAGGUGUUCACAUAAACAUGUACACACAUAAAGACAUGCACAGACACACUCCACCUCCUGUAUUGUGUUUAUUUAUCUAUGGAUACCACCACUAUACGGUACACCAUCCCCCUGAUUCCUCAUCCCUGUGACCAGCUUCCUGCAUGUGCUGCCUUACUGCCCAAACUGAUUCUGCACGAUCCCUUUACACUUCUUCACUAGGAUAGUCGCGUGUACUAGCAAAUACGCGAGAGGAAAUUCACCCACAUGAGGAGGCAAUAAACUGACACACACAUCUACAGCUUAUUCUACAAGCCAUUUACACUACUUUAAUAGUUAGUGUGUUACCUGCUACUCUCUGGACAACACACUGCUGCCACUCAUGAACAAUCCGAAAGGUUUUGAGAAGCACUCUUCUAUGUAUAACAUUUCUUUAAGUGACCUAAAUAUGGACAGAAUGGGGAAAGUGACAACUGGAACAAUGAUGCAAAAAUAUAGUCUUGAACUGAAAACGAGUAAUUAUGCUUAAAAUGUAUGUGCAUGUUGCAGUGACAUUUGUAAGAGCCAGAGUAAUUGACAAACAUCUUUCUGUGGCCCUCCUUCCAUUCUCAUCACCACUUGUCAUUUGUACAAAUUACACCCUGGAGCCAUGAAGAGUUACCAGCACCCGCAGAACACAUUAUUAUUUGUGAAAAUGUUAUAAAUUUGUUGUGGGGUUG